GAUCAUCAAAGCAAAUCAGAAUCACAAUUACAUCAAAUAUUCAAUGUUACAGCUCAAACAUUUAGAUCAUCAGUAGUAGAUUGAUGUAAUUGACUUGGAACAAAGAAAUAACAUGAAUAUAUAUUCAAUGAAUUUCUCUGUGCUACAUAUUUAGCCUAUGCUUCUCAUCUAACACUCUUUCAACUCAAAUUUUUUAAUUAGAACCAAAAAUAUCAUGGAAUUGCUUCUUCGCCUCCUUGCAGCUCACGUUAUCUUAUUGGCUUUAUCAUAUUCAUUUGUGUAUUGUUACGAUCCAAGUCCUCUUCAAGACUUUUGUGUUGCCGCCAACGAAACUAAUCGAGUUUUCGUGAAUGGAAAAGUGUGUAAAGAUCCAAAAUCAGUAACAGCAAAUGAUUUCUCUUAUUCGGGAUUAAACAUCCCCGGAAACACAACCAGCUUCAUGGGUUCUAAUGUCACAACGGUGAAUGUUAACAAAAUCCCUGGACUCAACACACUCGGAGUCUCCUUCGCUCGCUUAGACUUUGCUCGGGAAGGUCUAAUCCCACCGCACAUACAUCCACGCGCCUCUGAAAUACUCAUGGUCACCAAAGGAACACUCCUGGUUGGGUUUGUCUCUUCGAACCAAGACAACAACAGACUGUUCUCCAAGGUUCUUAGAACAGGAGACGUUUUUGUGUUUCCCAUUGGUUUGAUACAUUUUCAAAUGAACAUUGGGAGGACAAGGGCCGUUGCGUUUGCUGGGUUUGGGAGCCAGAAUCCUGGUACGAUUACGAUCGCAGACGCGGUUUUUGGAUCGAGCCCUUCGAUUCCUCGAGAGGUUUUGGCUAAAGCUUUUCAGUUAGAAGCUAACUUGGUUAGAUUUCUCCAGAUAGUGUAUGGUCCUGCAUUAUGGUCGUAGGAAAUUUUAAGGUAUUAAUGUUUUAAAGGAUUGAUGAUAAUAUGGUACAUCACAUGUUUGGCAACAAAUUAUUGUAUAACUCUUUGUAAGCAGGUAAAUUAAAACAAUAUAUUAUCUGUUACUAGAUUUUAACGUAA